CGGGAAAGUCGUGUGUUGAUGUCAUGCGAUGGUCCAUCCAUCAGUCUUGUAGCAACCGUUAUGGACCUUCACGUCCGCUCUGGCGUGAGCCCCUCUGCAGGCGCCAAUCCAUAGCGAUUCUUCUUGGUCUCAUCGGCACCCUGCACACACACGCAGCACACACAUGCAACAAAACGCCCAUUGAGGGCUGGCCACCCGCUGAUCGACCUGUGAGAUGAGGAACUCGGCCAGCUGGUGAAAUCCGAAUGCGUAGCAAUAGUGCAGUGGGGUGUUGCCGCCCUUAUUCUUGGCAUUCACGUCCACUUUGAACUUGCACAGCAGCCGGGCCAACCGACGGUGGUUGUUCUGACACGCUAUGUGCAGGAACGUGUUGCCGUGCUCGUCAGCCAGCUGCGCCAGAUCGGGGCGGCGCUCAAGCAGAGACUCGAUGGCCUGUGCGCGAAGGCCCACAUAGGGAGACAUGUGUGUGUUGGAUUAGGUGCAAUGUGGUGUGCUGAUGUGCUUACCUCAUAUCGGUUGUGUCUGACGUAUGAGAACAUCUGUCUCUCCUCUUCCUCCCUGGCAUCCUCUUCCAUGUCAGCCUCACCGUCCCUCAGACCGCCCAGUGCCCCCGCUGUCGCUGAUGCCUCGGUGUGUCUGAGCACCUCCUUGGGCUUGUCCGACGGCAGGUAGAAGACCAUCAGCCGGGAGUCCGGCUGCUUGGUCUUGGCCUGAAAGCCUGUUUUUGACACCUGUUUCAUCCCUUACUUAGUCAAUUUAAAUGAAUGGCUGUACCUGUAGAGAGCAUUGUGUGGCGGCCUCUCGCUCGGUCCCGCAUAGGCAGGUUAAGCAGCCGGACAUACGCCUCGCCCCGUGACUUUUCGAUGGAGAUGGAAUCCACCGACAGGGGAUACGCCUCGGUGGGUGCCGCAGGGCCAGGGGACUGAGCUGCGACUGGGGCCAGAACCUGACACGAUAUCAUACCAGAGACAGAGAGACACGGAUCAUGCAUUUGUGCGCUGGGAUGUGUGUGUGUGUGUGUGUGUGUGUCUGACCCCCUCGAUCCUGGGUCCUCCUGCGUCCUUUGCCGCCUCAGCCAUGGGUGGGGGCUGUGUGGGCCGCUUGAUCUUGGGCCGCUGACGGGGAAUCCCAUACAUCGCACCUGACGACCUGACAAACGAAACGAGUCCAGUGAAAGUGCUGUCGGCGGGCAGAUCUCGGUGUCCCGCUCUUGUCUUCUCACUCACGCAAAGGGAGCGAAUGCUGAUGUGGCCAUGGAAAGGUCGUGGGGUGCGGCAGAUAGCGGCAAGGGGGCGGCUGCAGGCCCCAUCUUGGCACUCAGCUUGUCGGCCAGACGGUCCAGAAACUCAUCCUACGCAUCCAUCGCAGCACCCACAAUCACAUUGACAGACACACACACACACAUAAAUGACAAGACACGUGCCUGCCUGUCUCUCUCUCUUCGCUGCCCCUGCAUCCGGCACACCUUAGUGAGCAGGUUUUCAAUGGAUCUCUGCCUCUCAAUCGCUUUCGUCCGCUCAUCCACGAGGGCCUGCAGCUCGCGCAUAAACGACUCGUCGACCGGCGAACCGGAGACCUGUGCUGCAGCAGCAGCAGCAGCAGCAGCAGGUGGCGGGAGAGGUGGUGACGAAGACGGCUUUUCCUCGGCGGCUGGCGAGCGAUCUGGGCGUGAGAGGGCGGUGAAUGUUGGGGCCCUUUCUGUCUCGCUGGACGUGUAGCCAGACGGGGUCUGUGAGGGACAACAAGGAGACACGGAUGUGUUCCUCUGUUUUUUGCGUCUCUCUGAGCGGACCUCUUUCAUCGGAGGGCUCAGGCCUGCACCAGCUGCCGGCGGGCUCAUGGAAGCAGCCGCUGCUGCGGCUGCUGUCUGCUUCUCCUCUGCCCCCUCCCCCUCUCCCUCUCCCUCCCGGCCCUCCUCAGGCCCACCGUUGCCUCCCUCACCCUCAGCCACAGUGGUCAGCGCACCCCGUCCCCUCCCAGCCUCCCUCCCCUCGCGAAACGACACCCGAGAGCUCGUGGACUUCCGCUGGCUCUCCUGCGAUGAUGGGUCCGAGGGGGAUUUGUGCGUCUGCGUGGUCCUUGCUGGCGGCGAGAGCUGUUGGUCGGGCGGUCUGGUUGCUGUGUCUUGUGUGGUGGUGUCUUUCAUGGCUUUGAGUUCGCGGAUGGCGGUGACGCGUUGGUCAAAGACGGACUGAAUGGAUGUGAGCCGGAAGGCGUUUUUGAUGACGUCCACGAGGAAGGAGGGGAAGGGGAGCGUCAUAGGCGGAGAGGGGAAGCGGACGAUGCUGCAGAUGGGGUAGAUCGGAAGCAGCUCUGAUAUCUGGUAGUCGAUCUUGCCGAGAUCCACACCUGCAGGGAGGGAAGACAGCAUCCGAGAGACAGACACCCACAUGCAGAGAGAGAGAGAAUACGGUCAGCGUCGGUGUGUCUGUGUGUCUCUGCCUCACCCAACUCAGCUGCCGGCGACUUGAUGAUAGCAUCCUUCUGAUCUUCCUUCUCAUCUUCCUUCCAUUCCUUCCACUCAGCAAAGUCAGGGAUUGGCCGAUCAUGCUCAUCGUACAGCACAGGUCCCCACAGCCCCGUCUCAAGCAGCUUCCUCCCCUUCCCAGGCCCCGCCUCACGCGCUAUCUUCUCACACAGCCAUCGGUCGUCAAUCUCUGGCGAAGGGAUGUACCCCUUCAGCAUUUUCUGGCUCGCUGCCACCACAGCAUUGAGCAGCUCGUGGCCUGGGGGAAGGCUCGGCACAAUGUCGAUGUAUCCCCCGCCCGCCCCCUUAUUCGGCAGGUCGUAUCUCGGCAACACGCUCUCAUGGAAGUCAAUGACUAGUGGCUCUGGAUCGGGGAAGGGCUGCCAAUCGGCCGGUGGAGGGGCCAUGACAGUGAAGGUGUGUGUGUCCGCGUCUCCUCCCUCUUCAUUGGGGUCCCUCAGCGGCGCUUCCGCCACAUGCAUCUCCAUUCUCGGCAGAUACUUGGCAUCGAGCGGCAGAAUGACAGGCAAUUUCGGCGGGGGCAGCACGGGUGCGAUAUUCAGCACGUCGGGCGGCGAUCUUCCCGAGCCGUGUGGCGGCAUGAGCUCGUCAAGGGGUUCCCUUCUCUCCAUGCCCGGCAGCUCCACCACCGGCUGAAAGGCCAGCCGCCUGCGAUCCUCGUCUGUGAGCGAGGCCGUGAGCUGCUCGAAGGCCUCCGAUUCUUCCGUCUUGCCUCCCUUGAUGUAGAGGCGCGUGUGGGGGGGCGGAGGGGGGUAUGGGAUGGCACGUACGUGGUUGUCGACUGCUUCGAUGUACUUGUGGAGGGUGUCUGUUUCGUCGGGGGUGAGCUCGAGGUCCCGCAGGAACUCAUCCCAGUCCUUUUGCUCAGUGGCCUUGUCAAUGAGCCACCCAGAUUCGCCCCUGCGUUGACAAGGCCACAGAGAGAGCAAAAACACAGAUAAAUGUUGAAGUGAGUGUGUGUGUGUGUCUCUUUGCCUGCCAUUCCUUCCCUCAUAAAGACAACUAACCGAUCCAGCUUGGCGUUGAGCUGCCACAGCAGCUUUUGGUGUUCCUUUGCGCCCUCCUCGAUCAUGCCAUCCAAGUAGACACCCAUCAGGUUGGCACUGCUGCGAUAAGACCGCUCCAUCAGUGUCUCCUCUCCUCCAUCUCCCUCUGCAUCCCUCCUCUCUGCAGGGCUCUGGGCAGCAGUCGGGUCGCCGAAGUCUGCAGGCUGCCGGAGACCGAGGCCCUCCGUCUCCUCCUCUGGCUUGAAAUACGCCAGUCGACGCAGCUUGGCUGUCGUAAUCGACACUUUUGACGCGGACCUCUCCAUCGACUCACCUUCUGCCUCUUUCUCUUGCACCUCCGGCUGCAUCUUGGCCGCCAGGCAUUUCCAGCAGAACUUCGCGUGGAGGGGGUUCGCAUGCUCGUGCCUGUCCUCUGCUGCUGUCGCCGGUGAUGGUGAUGCCGUGGCCGCAUCCCUCCCCCUCUCGGGUGCUGCCUCUCCCUCGUGUGUGUCGGGCAGCGAUCGAAUGGGCUCUGGGAAUUGGAGGGUCUUGGCUGCACUGAGGAAGGGGCGGCCGAGGGUGAGGGAGGUGGGGGGGAGAAGCGAUGACGUGCUCUUGCUCGGGGCCAUCGUUUUUCUUCUAGUGUGUUGUGGGGGCGGCGCACCAAGGGCAGGCAGGAGGGCUCUCCACCUAGCGGGCGGUGCGAGGCUGUACUGACAAAGGGGCGUGAGAUACAGACACAGAGAGAAAGAGAGAGACAGUCAGACACAAUCAGCCGAUUAUCCCGGAGCACUCACUCUGUAGCGGCACUGUCCUUCAGCAGUGGCAUCAGCUUGGCCUGUGACGCCUUGAGCGCGUCGCUUGGGGGCAAUGCGGGAGCCGCCUUCGAGACACGCCCUUUGGCUGGCAGCGAAGGUGGGCCCACGCCUGUCAUGAAUUCGAAUGAGACAGGGGCAGACAAAUGGCGUGUCGAGAAGCUGGCGGCUGCAUGUGGUGUGCCCUCUUGUGUGUCUUGGUGCGCACCGUAUUUGAGCAUUGUUUGCCUCUGCUUCUGCCUCCACUCAUCCCACUGGUGAAGGCGGUCCACGUGUGACUGUCCCUUUCUCUCGCCUGAUUUGAUGUCGCCGUCGCGAGCACGGGGUCUGUC